UGAGGAAGUCUAAACCGAGAGUCACCCAGUCAGGGUCGUUUUGAAAAAUAGGGUAAAAAAAAUUAUUGUUACAAAAUAAUAAGAUAACAACACCCUAUACCUUAAGCCGAAUUCUGAUAUUGAAGUCCAUUGUUGACAUAACUCAUAGACGUAACUCACGGCUAAAAGUCGCGUUUGUAUUGUGAGUACUGGCUAUGGCUAUCAUUCGGUGAAAUACCAAGAACGAACUGGUAUCAUGUAUUUGUCUCAGUACUGUGUUUUAUCAGUUGUUAGCAUGUCCGGACGUAUUCGACGUACACAUACAUGAAGCCGAUAAGACAACUCGGCCACAUCACUAGACGUUGCUUACUGUCAAGUGUAGUAAAGCGUCUUUAAUGGAGAAAAGCAGCGAGGAAGAGAACGCCAAUGAUGAAGAUGGAGAUAAAGCUGACGGUUGCAGAUUGGCAGAUGAGCAUUGUGCAGUGACACCUGCAUGCAGAGGUGAAGAAGUAGAUUCUUCUCAAAUUUUGGGGAAGGACUGGGAACUUGUGGACAAUGGGCAGCUGGAAUCGGAGAGGGCAGUCGGAGUGCAGAGACAUAGUGAUGAGAGAGAUGCUGUCUCUGUGUCACCCUCCUGCUUCAUGGAUAACUGCAGUCGUUCCAUAUCCAGCCUUUCGUCCUCAAGCACUGCUUUUUCGUCCUCCUCCUCCUGUGUGUUGUGUCUCACACCACCCCUACCUCCCUCUGUGGAGCUCUCAGCUGUGUUGACUGAUACCAGGUUGACCCUGGAUGUCUACUUGGGGGGAGCAUCUGCACUGCCACUGCUAUGGAGUUCCAUUCCAGGGCGCCUCAGGGGGCUCCGGUACCUCAGACUUGGUUCUGAGGAUAAACAUGCAUUGGAUGCAGCACUGGGUGUCCUCCCAUAUUUGACAGAACUACGCUCGCUUGCCAUACGAGGGCACUGUUUUUAUGACGCACAAGGAACCCCGCUGCCUGGCCUCCUCACCACUUUGCCCACAUCCCUUGUCUCCCUCUCUCUUCUGGUGCACGUGGAUCUCUCCUUCAACCAGCUCUCCGUCCUUCCAUUGUGUCUUCUCAAUUUACCUGGAUUGUCCGCCUUGCUGCUGUGUCAUAACUGCUUCUCAGAGCUGUCCCCUGAUAUAGGCCAGCUGUCCAGCCUCAACUAUCUCUCCCUCAUUGGAAACAAGCUGGUUUCCCUCCCAGCGAGUUUAGGCCAGCUAAAAGAACUACAGACACUGGAUGUUUCAGAUAACCACCUUGAGGAGCUGCCGAAUGAAAUUGGUUGUCUGGGAGAGCUAGUUAAGCUCGAACUGUCCCAAAACAAGCUGAAGAGGCUACCAGAAACCCUGGGCUCUCUCCAUUCCCUGAGGGAGCUCCUCAUCUUCAGCAAUGACCUCCGCUUCAUACCACCUUGUCUGAAAGAACUGCCUCUGCUGAAAAUAGAUGUUCGUGACAAUCCUCUGGGGCAACUGCCAACUCUUCCACCUCUUCCCCCUGCACCUGAUGAAGCACGACCGAAUAUUCCUGAGUUGCAUCUGCUAUUCAAUCAGCACAGUUUUAGUGUUACGUCUGCUGGAUGUCAUGUGUUUCUGCCAGGGGGGGCGCAGCUGCUGUUCCCCCCGGGGUGCCUGUCGACACUGACAACUCUGGAGUGGGCCGAGAGGAGACCACAGCGAAAGUUUGUGUUGCUCGAGGAGCAUGAUAUUCUCCUCAGCCGUCCGCUGGAACUUCGUCCUCAUGGGAUUAGAUUUCUUAAGCCAGUAGAAGUGUGUAUAGCACAUCACCGCAAAAAAUGGAAGGAGGUGGUGGUACGGAAGUAUGAUGGAAACUCGUGGAGGACUUUGCCUACUUCUCUCAGGAAAGGAUGUGAGAGACACACCAUUUCCUCCUUGGGGCGUCCAGCCAGGCUGGCCUGCUGUUCUGUGAGCCAGUUCUCCUGGUUUAUUUUGGUGGCUCGUCCAGUGAGAGACAGCUGCUCAGUUUCACCAGCGGGAGCCUUUUUAGUGUCCAGCACUGACCCUGGAGUCAAGCUUCACUUCCCUCCAGACUCCACCAAUCAAACCCGCACUAUAACUUUACAGGUGCUGCAGGUGUCUGUGUCAGAGGUACAGGCACUAUGCGGUGAUCCACAGGCAAGUGUCAGCCCUCUCCUCUGCCUCUCACAAACUCCAAGUUUGCAUUUUCUUCAGCCAAUCAAAGUUCAGGUUCCACUGCCACCAGGGGUAACAGGUCACACAGUUGAUAAGUCAUGUUUGUAUCUGCUCCAUGGAGACCCCACUGCCCAAACCUGGACAGACAUCACAUCACAAGUGUCUCUCUAUGUCACCCAUUUGUAUGCCAUUUUCUAUAUUACACAUUUCUCCUGGUACUGGCUGUGGUACAGGACUCAGAGUUGUGUUAGUGGCAUGGUAAGAAAGGUCUACCAAAGGUUAAAGCAGUUUAAAGUCCAAUUCAUGGUCCUCCAGCGGAAAACGGAUCCUUCACAAGUCCUGCUGCAGUGUUUACCAGCUAACAAGGCGGAAGACAGAGUACUGUCACUGUCAGAACAGUAUGAUGGACCACAGCCUUCAGACCUGUGUGACCUUUUGGAAGGAGAGCAGUUCUUUGCCGGCUUUGAGAGAGGCUUAGAAAUCUGCACAGACAGACCAGACUGUGUUGGGGGAAGACUGUGUUUUGUGUUUUACUCCAGCCUGAAGAAUCUGAAGGAGGUUUACAUCUCUCCUGCGAAGGGCCUCCGGGGUCCAGUGAGGGGCGAAGUCUCGUUUUACAGAGGGGAGAUUCCCAGUGGUUUGCCAGAGGAAGUAGUGAGGAAGAGGAAAGGACAUGACAGCCAAUGGCUUGCCACUUUACCGCUAAGACUUCCUGCGCUAGAUGCUGAUAACAAAUACAUAAUGGAAGAGCUCCAGCUUCCUCCUCUGAACCUCGGAGAUCCUGAGAGCGGCUACCUGACAGAAGCUAAUCUGCUGUCCAUCUCCCUCCAGAUUGGACAGGAUUGGCGCAUUAUUGGGAUCAAUCUCGGUUUAAGCUACCAGGAGUUAGACCGCAUCCAAUACAAAUACAGUGGACGCCCCAUACUAGUGGUUCGAUACCCGCGGAUUCACCUAUUUGCUGAUUUUUUUCCCUGUUCCCCCCCAUUUAUUAAUUUUUUUUUCAAUGGACAAUCUUGGAGCUCUGGUACUGGACAUGCUCUUCCACUGGGCCCGAGGACAGAAGAGCGCCGGGCCUGGGGCGGUGGCACGAUUGAUGGCAGCCAUGAUUGAGAGUGGCAGGAGGGAUCUUGCAGAUGAGCUUGAAGACAUAGUCAGUCUGGGAAAGCAAAAAUACACUGAGUCAUUGAGGAGAGUGGGUCUGGAGGCCGAG